GACAGGGGGCGGGGCUACGCAGCCCCCUGAGGUCUGUGACGUCAGAGCCGCUAUCAGCAGGUCGGGAAAGAUGGCGGCGGAGGAGAGCAGGUUGAAGCAGCGGAAUCACAACAGCAGCAUCUUCACCGAAGGGAGUCACGGUUUUAAAUCAGACAAAUCCCAGAUGAGGUGUAAAGAGGAGGAUGACAACCUGCUGGAGGAGGAAGAGGAGGAGGAGGUGGGUGUGGCCCGGCCGGUGCAGAUCGUGGUGUCGGACGAGGAGGAGCACUCGUUCUGGCUGCAGGAAGAGGUGCUAGAGCGGCUGCUGCUGCAAGAGGAGGUGCAGGACCUCCAUGUGGUCGUCGUCUCCGUGGCUGGAGCUUUCCGCAAGGGCAAGUCCUUCCUGCUGGACUUCAUGCUGCGCUACAUGUACAAACAGUCAUCCGGUUCAUGGAUCGGCGGUGAGGAGGAACCUCUGACCGGCUUUACCUGGCGAGGUGGCUGUGAGAGGGAGACCACGGGCAUCCUGGCCUGGAGCGAGGUGUUCGUGGUGAAUAAACCCGACGGUAGCAAGGUUGCAGUUCUACUAAUCGACACACAGGGGGCGUUUGACAGCCAGUCCACCAUCAAAGACUGUGCCACGCUGUUUGCCCUCAGCACCAUGACCAGCUCUGUCCAGGUGUACAAUCUGUCCCAGAAUGUCCAGGAAGAUGACCUCCAGCACCUCCAGCUCUUCACCGAGUAUGGACGCCUUGCCAUGGAGGAAGUCUACGAGAAGCCCUUUCAGACUCUGAUGUUUCUGAUCAGAGACUGGAGUUACCCCUACGAACAUUCCUAUGGUCUGGAAGGGGGACAGAGCUUCUUGGAAAAACGACUGCAGGUGAAGCAGAACCAGCACGAGGAGCUGCAGAACGUCAGGAAACACAUUCACUCCUGCUUCUCCAACAUCAGCUGCUUUCUGCUGCCGCACCCCGGCCUCAAGGUGGCCACAAACCCUCACUUUGACGGCCGGCUCAGAGAUAUCGAUGAGGAGUUUAAGAAGGAGCUGGUGAACCUCGUCCCGACGCUGCUCUCUCCAGAAAACCUGGUGGAAAAAGAGAUUGGAGGAGUGAAAAUCACCUGCAGAGACCUGCUGCACUACUUCAAAGCCUACAUGAAGAUCUACCAGGGAGAGGAGCUUCCUCACCCCAAGUCCAUGCUUCAGGCAACGGCUGAAGCAAACAACCUUGCAGCUGUAGCAGGAGCCAAAGAGGCGUACAACAAGAGCAUGGAGCAGGUCUGUGGAGGAGACAAACCUUACAUUUCCCCGGCGGAGCUGGAGCGUCGCCAUGCGGAGCUGCGGCAGGCGUCGGUGCGACAUUUCCGCUCCGUCAAGAAGAUGGGUGGCGAGGAUUUCUGCCGGCGCUACCAGGAGCAGCUGGAGGCGGAGCUGGACGAGGCCUACCUCAACUUCAGCAAGCACAACGACGGCAAGAACAUCUUCUACGCUGCGAGGACACCCGCCACGCUGUUCGCCGUCAUGUUCGUCAUGUACGUGGUGUCGCUGGUCACCGGCUUCGUGGGCAUCAGCUCCGUGGCCACGCUGUGUAAUCUGGCGAUGGGAGCGGCCCUGACGGCGCUCUGCAUCUGGGCUUAUGUCAAAUACUCCGGGGAGUUCCGUGAGGUGGGAGGCUUCAUAGACCAGGUGGCCGAGACCCUCUGGGAACAGAGGACCCCACGAAAGGUUUUCUCCAAACUCUUUGAGGUGGCCCGGAGUCGAGUCCCGUUGGGAAGCCUCAUCCCGGUACCGCGGCCCCGACUCGCCUCCAACAACAACGUUAAGAAGAAAAACUAGCUGCACACCCGUCAUGUUUCCUCCCCCUCACCUCCACCUUCUUUUCCAACGACAGUUUAUGAUGCAUAAAUGAGUUUUGUUCCGACUGUAGAAGACGGUUCCUCACCACGCCGGCUCUAGGUUUAAGGACUCGCUGUAGAUCUGGAUGAAGCAGUUAUUUUAAUAAUUGGCACUGGGUGGGGUUUUGGUAUUUAUUGGUGGGCGGGGCCAUUGUUCACGACGUGUCAUCCAGGUGUUUGCGUUCACUCGGAUGAAAUCUCCACGCUAAUGAUUCCCGUUUAUGUGAAUGUAUUAAGAGCAUGACCACAGACCCUUCUCACUGCCCUCCUCAUGGUUCCCCUUCCUCUCCUUCUUCCUCUCGUCUUCAUCAGGCUUGUUUCUGUCGCUGGGCGGCAUCACGAGGAGGAGGCGCAACCAAAGUUUAGAGCUUUACGUGUAGAGGCUCUCAGACGAACAGCUGCAGGAAGGGUUUUUAGGACUCCACGGAAAGUUUGCAGUUCUUUCUACUUACCCAGAAUCAGAAAAAGUCAGGUGAGUUAGUGGAUAAAAGCUACUUAAACGUCCUUUGAAUUUACCCGUAAUCUGUCAGAGAUAGACAAACACUCAACCACUGAGCUACCAAUGGAGUUUUGGACGGUUUCUUUGGCCCUCAUCAGGAAAAGGACUUGGGUUAGUUGUCACCACAUGACAUCAGUACAGGACUUUGUUGAUGUGGGAAACAUUCAUAACUCUGGUAGGUGUUCCACUGAUCUUGUGUGAAACAAACUUCACCGGAAAAAGGCUUCAUAGCAGAGAUCAGGGAUCCCCAAGAGUCACUGCGUUACCUUGCAUUCUGCUUUAAUUCUAUCCGAUACAAACAGUUAAGGCGCUUUUCCACCAGCACCUACUCGACUCGACUCGACUCGGUUUAGGUGGUUUAGGUGUGCGACACAUGCAAC